AUGACGUGUCUCAUUGAUUCUGGAGAUCACACGGACGGACGGUGGGCAGAUAUGCUAACGUACAACCGACUGCAGGAGAAGAACGUACGGUGGACAGAGACGUAUAACCUUCUAAAACCUCUUAUCAGAGACAUGGGGAGCCCAGAGGAGGAUGAUUUUCUAUCUGGAUUCGGGAUGACAAGAAUGAUCGCAGUUCAGCUGGCUCUUAGAGCUGCAGUUGAGCUCAAUGUCUUCACUAUCAUCGCUAAUUCUGGCCCAGAAGCACAACUGUGGAAGAAAUCGCCGGAAAAGGUGUAUGGCCUGACUAAGAAGAGCCGGUGCUUAGCAGCUAACGAUGGAGGAGUUUCUUUGGCCUCAGCUUUGCUUUUCGGGUCUGAAAGAGAGAUUGUGGACUCAUUCUUCACAUUGAAGGAUGCUGUGCUUGAAGCAUCCUACAAGGGUUAUAACAAAGCUAAUGGUGAGAACUUCUUUGAGUCUUUGGAAAAGAAACCUGGACUAAACAAACUGUUCAAUGACUAUAUGUCAGUUAGCACAAAAGUAAUGUUGGGGCAAGUGUUGAACGUUUAUAGAGGAUUUGAAGAGGUGAAGGAGUUGAGGCGGAAUCGGGACUUCACUGGAGAUGAUCAUCUCUGCUCAUCCACAUAUUCAUGGCAUUAA